AUCACAAAAGGAAAUAAAUAAUGGGGAAGAUAAGCUUGAAAAGAAUAGCAUAAAAUCUAGGUGUAUAAAUAGGAAAAUAUAUAUGAUAUGAAUCUACAUGAAAUCUGAUCCAGCGAUGCACUAAAUAUAUUCACAGCUGCUUGCUAGGGAUACAAAGCGUUGACAGCUUUAUAAGGAGGGCCUUGUUCAUCAGAUCUCCUUAAAAUUUUAUUUUUUGCUUUCUUUCAGAAUUUCUCUGGUUCGAGUUGAGAAACUGUAUUUGGAGAGGAUGGGGAGCAAUUAUUGCGGCGAGGCUGAGAGAUCAGGAGGGUCAUCGUCGAGGAAAGGGAAGAAGAACGGUUCCGAUAAGCCGAAGCAGCCGCAGAGAGGCUUGGGAGUUGCUCAGCUGGAGAAAAUUAGGCUCCAUAGUCAAAUGGGUCGUGGUGCUUUUGUUCAUCCCAAUUCUAUUCAGACACCCUUUCCUGUUACUAAUUACCCUAUUCAGGAGGAUGUGAGACUGCACACAGCUUAUCAAUCAUCGUCGUCGUCGUUUUCGUAUCCAACUCCCUCUUCUACGUCUUAUGGGUUUCAUGGUGCUCAGAAUAUGAUGAUUGGUUUGGGCGAUAUGGAAAGAGCAAAUAUCAGAUAUGGUGAUUCGCAGACUGCUACUAAUAUUGCAAGAUGGAAUGGCGCAAAUACUGUCUACGAUGCUCAGCAUUAUCAACAGCCAUCCAUAACCAGACACCUUCUAAACCUAGAAUCCGAGGAAUUCAGGGAGAACAAGAUGAAAGUUCGUAGUAGUGAUUCAGCGGGUUCAGGCAGUCAGAACUCUGGAUCAAGUGGCAGCCAAGAGAUAGAUUUGGAGCUUAGGCUGUCCCUCUAGUCUUGAUUAUCUUAUUUUUUGUGAUCAAAUGUAUGAUUUGUUCACUUCAAAACUUUAAAGUUUAGCUUUAUGGGAUAAAUUGGUAUAAGUUUCAUAAAUUUGGAACCUCUUCAUAGAAUUUGAUUUUCUGCAUACAUUAAAGCAGAUUUUCUUGUGAUAUGCUGUACAUUUUGUCGUAAUUUAGGGAAUGCCAACAACUUCUUUUGAUAAA